GUAAGAUGACAUUUUUUUUUUUCUCUGAGGUGCAACAUUUAGAAAAAGAUCUUGAGAUAAGCAUCUGUUCAUAACUUCCUUUUGGUAAGAUGUGCUUAACUGAUUUUUGUCUGAGUGAUUAGAAAACGUGCUUGGUGUUUUUUUCUUGAUCAAAUUGAAGAUUUCACUAUUGUUGACUCUUUUUUAGUUGACAAAAGUCAUCAUGGAGCCAGUUACGAUUCACAUUAGAUUCUCACACCGCUGUUUGUUUGACUAGCCAAGGCGUACUAACUUCAUGUAGACAGCAGUGCGCCAUGUUACAGUCAUUUGGCUGGCUAAUUUUUGCAAUGUGCCUUAGACUUCCACAUGUAUUGGCUUAAGCAGCAUCUGCCACCAACUACCACCUAUUUUACGAUUAAUGGCAAACCCGCUCUACCAACUGAUCAACAGCCACCCCAAACUGAGAGAUUUUCCCCCUGUAAAAAACACAUCGCUUACACACAGCUUAUUACGACCCAGUGGUACAUUUUAUAGCAUAGUGACCCAAAACUACAUGUCUGUGUUCAAAUGACAAAGACCUCUUCAGUCCUGUGAUAAAGUGGGUGUGCCUCACCUCUUGCCCAAUGCAAGCUGAGAUUGGUUCCUCCCCCCGUGACCCCUAAGGAUAUGCGGUAUACAUCAUGGAUGGACAGAUGACAAAGACCUCUGGUGGCUGUAGUAAUUAUGACAUGAGCAAAGGAGGAAGUUGGGUGACAUCAAGACCAGUUUGGGGUGGAUGGAUGGAUUGACAAAGUAUUUAUCACCCUUACCAUGUGUCUAUUAUUAUAACCAUUGUGAAUCGAUAGAACUGGAUGUUUCAUUUGCUUUGUGUAAGAUCACAAUUUCCUCUGAGGUGUAACAUGUUGAAGUAGGUCUUGAGAUAAACAUCUGUUCAUACCUUCCUUGUGGUGAAAUGUGCAAACCCAUUUUUGUCUCUGUGUGGUUUAAAGGAUGUGUCUGGUGUACCUUGCAGACGUCCUCUAACCCCUGUGAGGUACUUUUUUUUAAAAAACCAAAAUCUAGAUCUUUCCCUAAACCUAACAUAGUAGUUUUUGUACCUGAACCUAACCAAACUUUUACCAUAGCACUGCCACAUCAUAAAAGGCUUAUUUACUUUGUAACAGCAGAGUAAUGUUUCUGUCAGCUGUGUGCACUUAACAUUUUGGGGGCAUCAUUUAGACAUCAUCUCUGGAGAAGAGGGAGGCCUCUCCACAAGGCGCUGCCUCACAGGAGCUGCAGGAAAAACUUGUGGAGAACAGGGAGGUUUCUCCAAAGAUCUCUCUGGACAAGAACAACAUGCUGUGACAGAGGGCACAGCCAUGUACACACUGGAGAUAAAAGUGAAUGUCUCAAUAAAUGAGGAAGUGGAGGCAUCUGAGACAGAAAAAUAGAGUGCAUGUUUCUACUGGGCUCUAAUGUUUUCUAAGUGCAUGUCACUUUCAUUUGCAGUGCCAGUACUUUUACAUGGCUCACACACACACACACACACACACACAAUGAAAAAAAUGGCAAUUAAAAAUUAUAUUGCAGGAAAAGGUCAAAUCAAUCUCCAGCUUGUUGUGGACAUGAUGAACAAUUCCUCAUGAUGUAAUAUACUGCUGCUCUAUAUAUAUUAUACACUGCUGCCCAUAAAGUUGAACUUUUUAUUCCUAUUUAUACACAUCAGUAAUCACCUUUUACCAGGUGCAAUGAUUACAUACUGAGUCCCAAUUACCAAUUUUGUUUUGAGAAGAUAUACACUGUAUCUAUCAAGAAUAAAUCACAUUGUCACAAUCAUUUCAUGAGGUAAAACAUAUUUUAUUCCAACUUUAUGGGAAACAGUAUAUAAAUGUUUCCAUUUUUCCAUUGUAACUUUCUAUCAUGUCUCUAUCGUGUUCUUCCCAAAUUUAGUCUCAUUUAAUGACGUUUGUUGUUGGUGCGAGGCAGUAAUUAUCUGUUUAAAAGGACUUAUAACGAUCAAGUUUAAUUUUUGAUCUCAUUUCUUUUUGAUGCAACACAAGUUAUACACUGAUUUCUAAGUGCUUCAAAAUCUAACGCUAACAUGAGAAACCAUUGUGUUCUUCAUGUACCUCUCACCUCGUGAUUCUGCUCAAGGAACCAAAUUACACUGUAGGUGGCAGUGAACUUGUGAUCAUGUUUCCUAUAUGUCACUUCAGACUGGCCAAUCACACACAGUCUUGUCACUCAAAAGAAGGGAAAAGAACAAGAUUCUCUGCACUCAAUUUCAGCACAAUGACAUCUGCACAGUUUGUCCUCUAUCUGACAUGUUUGUUCUUGGGGAGAAUGGGUCAGGUGACUAAUCAGAAAUUCUCUGUUCAUCAAGACACACGUUUUGUAUCAGCUAAUGUGGGUGAAAGCUUGACUUUACGAUGUUUCUAUGAAGGGGAUGAUGUAACAAGGCUUUACUGGUACAAACAAAUUCUGGGACAGAAACCAAGGCUCAUCUCAACCCUGUAUGUCUUUAAUAGAAAGGGAAGUUUUCAUGAUGAAUUCAAGAACAAUCCACGCUUCACACUGGAUACUGGAAAAAGUAAAAAUAACUUGAAGAUAACAGAUCUGCAUAUUUCAGACUCAGCUACGUACUACUGUGCAACAAGGCUUUCAUUAAUUAUCGAAUUUGCAGAAGGAACUAUUGUCAAUGUAAAGGAUUCAGAUUUGAACAUCCAGGCUUGGGUCCAUCAGUCAGAAUCUGAGACCAUCCAGUCAGGAGGCUCUGUGACUCUCAACUGUAUAGUACACACUGGGACCUGUGAUGGAGAACACAGUGUUUACUGGUUCAAAAGCUCUGAAGAAUCUCAUCCAGGACUCAUUUACACCCAUGGAGACAGGAAUGAUCAGUGUGAGAGGAAACCCAACACACAAACACAAACCUGUGUCUACAACUUGCCAAUGAAGAACCUGAGUCUUUCUCAUGCUGGGACCUACUACUGUGCUGUUGCCUCAUGUGGACACAUACUGUUUGGAAAUGGGACUAAGCUGGAUAUUGAGGGUGAGAUGGACUCUCUUGUCUUGGUGUAUGUCUUGAGUGGAGCUCUGACAGUCACCACCAUCCUGGUUAUUUUACUGGCUCUCUUAAUUUACAAGAUGAACAAAACACACAGCUUGAAAUCGGGGACAGAGUCGCAAGCAAGAUCUUUAUUCCCCUCCACAGCAGAAGCAGAGGGUUACCAAGACGCACACAACCUCCAUUAUGCUGCUUUAAGUAUUGACCUGCCCAACAGAUCAAGAAGACAGAGGAACAACACCAAAGAUGAAUGUGUGUACUCCAGUGUUAGGCAGUAGAAUGUUACCUUUUUACUUUGUGAAUAAGAUGGCACAUUCUUGGAAUCUCUUUCAGUGUGCAAUGUACAUUUAUAUGUAGAUCUUAAAAUAAAUAAUAUUAAUAUUAUAUCUUAAUAUUUUUGCUGUGUAGAGUUUCAAAUAUAGAUAUGUGUCCAAGAGCAGCUGAUGAAAGAAAAAAAUAAUAUGGACUCAAAAAUGCCAUCUACUUUUUGUCUCUGGGAAUGUCAGUAUAAAAUUUAAGCCAAGCAGUUUCUAUCACAUCACACUGAUGAUCACAGCCACAUGUCUACCUGUAUCAAAAAUAAAAAUGCCAGACUUGAGAUGAAAGACAGAAGACGUUGUGUUCAGUUCCCCAGUGUUUUGGAUGGAGACACUGGGGGAGAACAGUUGCAAACACAUGAUCCUGAGAGUUAUUAGUGGACACAAUUCUUCUGUGUGAAAUGUUUUCAACAUGACGGCAUCCAACACUGAUUUACACUGCAAUAGUGAUAUUGUAGAAUACUUAAGAAGUGACAAAUUUGAUGUGCAUGUGAACAUGGAGGUUUUUGUGGAUCUUUUGCGACAGUCUGGUUCUGACAGUGCACAUCAUUCGUCCAAUGAAAGAUCACAGGUAUAACAGAUACCUGCUGCUUUCAGAUGGCUGUAAAGAGAGUCACCAGUGUCUAUUUUGUAUGUGUGUGUCUAUGUGACCAAAAUAUUAUGGAACAAAAAUGCACUGAGCAGGUAGUGGAUCAUGACAGGCACACUCUCUCUCGGCACCAGGAUUUCCUCACACUGUGCCACAUGGUGAGUAAUUGUAGUCGAAGAAAUAACCUCAGUACUCCACAGAAAAUACAAGUUCACUGGUGUAGUGCUGUGAGAACCAUGACAGAAACAAAUGGUAUUUGGUCUUCUAUGUGCACUGUGUGUCAAAUAAUAAAGCAGAUCUAGUCAUUGAA